CACUUCCCUCAGUCUCUCUGAAACUCUUGACCUCCCAAAAAUCCAGAUCAAUCGGAAUGACCACGCAGACGACGACAUGGCCAUCUCGAUCCAACGCCUCUCGUUUCACCUCCCUCCCGCCACCCAAAACCGACGCCGGACGAACCCGCCACCACCCCCAGAGCUUCCGGAAGCACGGCACCCUCUCCUCCUCCUCCACCACCUCGCGCGACUUCUCCGACCUCCCGCCGGAGAUCGUCACCAAAAUCGGGUCGUCGCUCAGCUACCAGAGCCUCAAAGCGGCGUCGCUUGUCUGCAAGCCGUGGUGCGAGGCGCUCCGGCCGGCGAGGGAGGCCAUGAAGUACUUGAAUUGGGGGAAGCAGUUCAAGCACGGCCGCGGCGGCUUCACGGCGGACGCCGGCAAUGCUCUCAAGAUGUUCUUGAAGGCUGCGGAGCUCGGCUCGACCAAGGGGAUGGUCGACGCCGGGCUGGUUUUUUGGGAGAAGGGCGAUAGGGACAAGGCGUUUGAGCUGUACCGGAAAGCUGCCGAGGCCGGUGACCGGAAUGCGCAGUGCAAUUUGGGGAUUUGGUACUUGCAAGUUAAACCUCCAAAUCCAAAGGAAGCAGUAAAAUGGUUGUAUCUUGCUUCUAUUCAAGGCAAUGUCCGAGCUCAAUACCAACUUGCGAUUUGUCUGUAUCAGGGUAGUGGGGCAGAACGUAAUUUGAAACAAGCGGCCAGGUGGUAUUUGAAAGCUGCUGAACAUGGAUAUGUGCGUGCUAUGUAUAAUGUAUCACUGUGCUACAGGCAUGGGGAAGGGUUAGUGCAGAGUCAUAGCAGAGCAAGAAAGUGGAUGAAGUGGGCAGCUGAUUGUGGCCAUAGUAAAGCUCAAUACGAGCAUGGACUCACUCUUUUCUCGGAGGGUGAAAAGAUUACAGCUUUAGUGUACUUGGAACUUGCCGACCGAGCUGGCGUUAGAGAAGGAAGACAUCUCAGGGAUGCAAUUCGCGAGCAGCUUUCACCAACCUCACGUUUUAGUUUCAUGCUUAAACUGGAGAAUUGGCGUGCUUUACCUUCAGCUUCUUGAUAAAUACUACGUAUGGAUUGUAAUACAUAUCCCUUCAACUCCCUGCCGCAUUGAGGCUUAGAUGUCCUUGAUACAGUGGUUUUAGGUUUGUUUAUAUAGGAAAUGGAGAACUGUUGUCAAUUGUAUACUGACACUCUUGCACCACUUUUGCUGAUUAGUGGGAGUACUUUUGUAGUUGUUAUGUAGCUUUUAGUUUACCCGUUGGUUUAGCGCACUGGAACGGCUUUUGAAAUGAUGCCAUUUUGGGAAGAACUUUUAUCAGUAAUGAUCUCGAAGCCUAGAGGUUGGCUUGGAGUUAGUCAAGCGUAGAGAACGGCUUGCAUGUCAGCAUGUGUUCCAUCGUGAACGGAUUUCCAGGUUGAGAAUUGCUGGGUUUUCUGUUACUCUACUAAUGAAACUUUUGAUUCAAAGAUAUACAUGUGAAUAUUGAAAUCCUGUGAAUCAGUAUUUUUAUCAUAAUUUGUUCAUCACUUUUGAGA